AGCAGUGUUGUAAAAGUCAUCUAAAAAGUGGGGCGGGGACAGGAGACUACAGUUAAGAGGCGAACAAACUGCGGAAAUUGCCCCUGACAAGUUGGGAGGUCCAGUGAGUACUCUUUGCUAGAGGGAAGGAGAAAGUCCGAGCAGCGGACUUUACCUUUUUCUGAUUUCGGAAGGUGCAAGACCAAAACACAAAACAUGGAAUUAAUUUCCCCAACAGUGAUUAUAAUCCUUGGUUGCGUUGCUCUUUUAAUUCUCAUUAAGUGGAAGAAUUUGCGCGAACCCCCGUGCAUAAGGGGCUGGAUUCCUUGGAUUGGAGCUGGAUUUGAGUUUGGGAAAGCUCCUCUAGAAUUUGUAGAGAAAGCGAGAAUCAAGUAUGGACCAAUAUUUACUGUCUUUGCUAUGGGUAUCCGAAUGACCUUUGUUACUGAAGAAGAGGGAGUUAACGUGUUUCUCAAAUCCAAAGAUGUAGAUUUUGAACUAGCAGUGCAAAAUCCUGUCUACCGUACAGCAUCAAUUCCAAAAAAUAUAUUUUUAAAACUGCAUGAAAAACUUUAUAUUGUGAUGAAAGGGAAAAUGGGGGCUUUCAACCUAUAUCAAUUCACUGAACAACUGUCUGAAGGAUUACACGGACAACUGGAGAAUUUAGGUGCUCAUGGGACGAUGGACCUGAACAAUUUAGUAAGACAUCUCCUUUAUCCAGUCACAGUGAAUGCACUCUUUAAAAAAGGUUUGUUUCCCACAAAUGAAAAGAAAAUCAAGGAGUUCCAUCAACAUUUUCAAGUUUAUGACGAAGGUUUUGAGUAUGCAUCCCAGAUACCAGAAUAUCUCCUAAGAAACUGGUCAAAAUCCAAAAGGUGGCUUCUAGCAUUUCUUGAGAAAAACAUCCCAGAAAUAAAAACACACAAAUCCACAAAAGAUAAUUCCAUGACAUUAAUGCAGGCUCUGCUGGAUAUCAUAGAGAUGGAGUCAGAUAAACGGAAUGGUCCCAAAUAUGGGCUGUUACUACUUUGGGCUUCUCUCACCAAUGCUGUGUCUGUUGCCUUUUGGACAUUUACAUUUGUCCUCUCUCAUCCCAAUAUUCACAAGACCAUUAUGGAAGGCAUAUCGUCUGUGUUUGGCGCAGCAGGUAAAGAUAAGAUUGAAGUGUCUGAGGAUGACUUGAAGAAACUCCCUCUAAUUCAGUGGUGUGUUUUGGAAACGAUUCGUUUAAGAGCUCCUGGUGUCAUUGCUAGAAAAGUGCUGAAGCCAGUUAAAAUUUUGAAUUACACUGUUCCUCCUGGUGACUUGUUGAUGUUGUCUCCAUUUUGGCUACACAGAAAUCCAAAGUAUUUUCCUGAACCUGAAUUGUUCAAACCUGAACGUUGGAAAAAGGCAAAGUUAGACAAAUAUGCUUUCUUGGACUACUUCUUGGCAUUUGGAAGCGGGAAGUACCAGUGUCCUGGAAGGUGGCUUGCUCUGUUAGAGAUUCAAAUAUGUAUUAUUUUAAUAUUUUAUAAAUAUGACUGUAGUCUUCUAGACCCAGUACCAAAACAGAGUUCUCUCCAUUCAGUGGGUGUCCAGCAGCCAGAAGAGCAAUGCCGGAUGGUGUUUAACCAAAGAAAAUGACAACUGCUGGGCCUAAGGAGGGCCAGGGCCUUUCUGAAGGGGUGACUGUCCCCCAUUCCCUAGCCUGACAGCACCUAGACCUGAGCUCUGCUAAAACAGUCUGUUUAACUUUGUUUUAGGAUUUCUUUGAAGAAAAUGUCUAAAUGGUAUCUGGGUUUAGAAUCUCAAAAGUGGGCCAAGAAUCUGACAUCAUUCUCACUUAUAAAGAGACCUAAAUAGUUUACAGAAAAUUAAAUGAUUUUUUUAAAAGAGACAUUUCUUAAAAACUUGAAGUUUGACUUCAUGCAUAACUAUAUUAAAACUUUAAAUAGAAAUAAAGUCACAUGAAUGAAAAUCUUAAGACAACAAAUUGACACAAGGCAAAAUACUUAAAUUUGUAUUUUGAAAAAUGUUAAAAGUCUUAGACUCAAAAAUUAAGUAAUGAUUUCUGGAAAUUUUCUAUUUUUCUUAAAUAUGAUUCUUGACUAGUAACUGGAAUUCUUAAGCUCUGUUAAUAUAAUUCUUUAUUGCAAAUAUGUGUAGUGCUAGAAGUUUGAAUAAAAUACUACCUUUCUAAGACCUGUGAAGACAGGGGGCAUGUCUUACACUCAUUUCUACACUGAGCUGUGCUCAAGACACCAUUUUCUCUAUAAGGUGUAUUCAAUAAUUGCAUGUUUAUUGAUGUAUUGAUUUGUACUUUAAUCUUAAUUAAGGUGAAAAUACUCAAGGUGUUUGUAGUUGCAGUUUAUGAGAUGAUACUUUUGCAAAUUUAUAAAACACAGAAUCAUGUGUCAAGAUAAAUAACAUGGUACAUUUGAAUCUAUUACUUAAGACUUAUGCCUGAAAUAUUUACUAUGAAAUUCAGAAAAGAAAUCCUAUCAUGUUCAGGGAAAACAUGUGACACUAAUAAAAGAGUGAUCAGUGAUGUCAUGAUUUGUCCUCUAAUAUUAAGCAAAAUGCUGCUUGCCCCCUUUAUUUCACAAUAAUGAAGCUUUGUAGUGCAUGUUGUCCUCUGGAUUAUUUGCUCCCUUGUGCUAGAAUUAUCCUGUGGGGUUGAUAAUGAUUCCUUAGUCAUCUAUUUCCUACCAACAAGCAGAUGACUCCCUAGGAGCAAAUUAAGUAUUCUGGAGUAGAUUAACUCUUCCAAACCAAUAAAGUGAUUUCUGAAGCUUAUCUAGUAGCUGUUUAGCAGGCUUAGGU